GAAGGCGUGCCCCUCCGGACGUGGGACCCCCGGUUCCGUCUUAGGAAGUAACUCAUUUGCCCCCUCUUUGAACACCUCCGCUCACGAGCGCAGCACGUGGAAACCAUCAGUGAUUUGUGUCUGCAACGUGUGUGAGAGAAUGGAGGCUUCUCGGGCCCGGCGUCCUGAAUUAUAUGAUUCCAAGCACGGGGAACAGAACGGGAGACAAGGUCUGUUGCUCAGCCUGGUCUGGAACUCCUGAGUUCAAGCGAUCCUCCCACCUCAGCAUCCCAAAGUGCCGGGAUUAUAGGGAUGAGCCACCAUGCCUGAAUCUCUUCCUUCAGUGGCUGAUGAUUGACCAGGCUGGAAACACUAGCUAGAGAUACUGAUUCAAACAGGAUCUACCCCCUCUGCAGCCCUUCAAGAAGAGGUAUGAUUGCUACCACUUUUCCCCACAAAGUGACGAAAGGAAACAGCGACGGAGGCGCAACCGAACCCAGGAAUCGGUGUCUCGACUGGUCCAUUCCCGGCCCACCCCCAUUAACCGGCUCGAGCCACUCCCAGGACGAAGUCAAGGCCUCGGAAGGCGACUACAACUCCCAGCAGGUCGAGCAGCUCCGCCCGCGCUGAUUCUCCAUUGGACUUCCGGGGGUGGGGAUUAGAUGGGAGGUGGCCGUGGGGCUGCGGCCGGGAUUUGUCCCCUCUUCGGCUUCCGUAGAGGAAGUGGCGCGGACCUUCAUUUGGGGUUUCGGUUCCCCCCCUUCCCCUUCCCUGGGGUCUGGGGGUGACAUUGCACCGCGCCCCUCGUGGGGUCGCGUUGCCACCCCACGCGGACUCCCCAGCUGGCGCGCCACUCCCAUUUGCCUGUCCUGGUCAGGCCCCCACCCCGCUCCCACCUGACCAGCCAUGGGGGCUGCGGUGUUUUUCGGCUGCACUUUCGUGGCGUUCGGCCCGGCCUUUGCGCUUUUCUUGAUCACUGUGGCUGGGGACCCCCUUCGCGUUAUCAUCCUGGUCGCAGGGGCAUUUUUCUGGCUGGUCUCCCUGCUCCUGGCCUCUGUGGUCUGGUUCAUCUUGGUCCAUGUGACCGACCGGUCAGAUGCCCGGCUCCAGUACGGCCUCCUGAUUUUUGGUGCUGCUGUCUCUGUCCUUCUACAGGAGGUGUUCCGCUUUGCCUACUACAAGCUGCUUAAGAAGGCAGAUGAGGGGUUAGCAUCGCUGAGUGAGGACGGAAGAUCACCCAUCUCCAUCCGCCAGAUGGCCUAUGUUUCUGGUCUCUCCUUCGGUAUCAUCAGUGGUGUCUUCUCUGUUAUCAAUAUUUUGGCUGAUGCACUUGGGCCAGGUGUGGUUGGGAUCCAUGGAGACUCACCCUAUUACUUCCUGACUUCAGCCUUUCUGACAGCAGCCAUUAUCCUGCUCCAUACCUUUUGGGGAGUUGUGUUCUUUGAUGCCUGUGAGAGGAGACGGUACUGGGCUUUGGGCCUGGUGGUUGGGAGUCACCUACUGACAUCGGGACUGACAUUCCUGAACCCCUGGUAUGAGGCCAGCCUGCUGCCCAUCUAUGCAGUCACUGUUUCCAUGGGGCUCUGGGCCUUCAUCACAGCUGGAGGGUCCCUCCGAAGUAUUCAGCGCAGCCUCUUGUGUAAGGACUGACUACCUGGACUGAUCGCCUGACAGAUCCCACCUGCCUGUCCACUGCCCAUGACUGAGCCCAGCCCCAGCCAGGGUCCAUUGCACACAUUCUCUGCCUCCUUCUCGUCGGUCUACCCCACCACCUCCAGGGUUUUGCUUUGUCCUUUUGUGACCGUUAGUCUCUAAGCUUUACCAGGAGCAGCCUGGGUUUAGCCAGUCAGUGACUGGUGGGUUUGAAUCUGCACUUAUCCCCACCACCUGGGGACCCCCUUGUUGUCCAGGACUCCCCCUGUGUCAGUGCUCUGCUCUCACCCUGCCCAAGACUCACCUCCCUUCCCCUCUGCAGGCCGACGGCAGGAGGACAGUCGGGUGAUGGUGUAUUCUGCCCUGCGCAUCCCACCCGAGGACUGAGGGAACCUAGGGGGGACCCCUGGGCCUGGAGUGCCCUCGUGAUGUCCUCGCCCUGUAUUUCUCCAUCUCCAGUUCUGGACAGUGCAGGUUGCCAAGAAAAGGGACCUAGUUUAGCCAUUGCCCUGGAGAUGAAAUUAAUGGAGGCUCAAGGGUAGAUGAGCUCUGAGUUUCUCAGUACUCCCUCCCAAGACUGGACAUCUUGGUCUUUUUCUCAGGCCUGAGGGGAACCAUUUUUGGUGUGAUAAAUACCCUGAACUGCCUUUUUUUCUUUUUUGAGGUCGGGGGAGGGAGGAAUGUUGGAACUCUUCUAACCUCCUUGGGCUGUAUUUUCUCUCCUUGAGUUGCUCCUCAUGGCUGGGCUCAUUUCGGUCCCUUUCUCCUUGGUCCCAGACCUUGGGAGAAAGGAAGGAAGUGCAUGUUUGGGAACUGGCAUUACUGGAACUAAUGGUUUUAACCUCCUUAACCACCAGCAUCCCUCCUCUCCCCAAGGUGAAGUGGAGGGUGCUGUGGUGAGCUGGCCACUCCAGAGCUGCAGUGCCACUGGAGGAGUCAGACUACCAUGACAUUGUAGGGAAGGAGGGGAGAUUUUUUUGUAGUUUUUAAUUGGGGUGUGGGAGGGGUGGGGAGGUUUUCUAUAAACUGUAUCAUUUUCUGCUGAGGGUGGGGUGUCCCAUCCUUUUAAUCAAGGUGAUUGUGAUUUUGACUAAUAAAAAAGAAUUUGUAA